AUGGGAGCAGAGGUGUGCACGUCGCGGCCGAUACAGAAGCUGUAUCUGGACUUCCUGGGCAAAUAUCCACGAUCCCGAAAAAGUAAUGCCUAUAUUCUAAUAGUGUUGGAUCACUUUACUAAGUUUGUGUGGCUCAAAACUAUGCCAAAAGCGACGUCCGCAGCGACAAUAAAGUUCUUGAGGGAGGAACUCUUUAACACGUUUGGAGUACCGGAGAUAGUACACACCGACAACGGGAAACAGUUUACCACCAAGGAGUUCGAGGAAAUGGUGUCCCAUUUCGGGAUCACACAUACGCGGACAGCAGCCUAUUCACCCCAAGCAAACGCGUCGGAGCGGGUGAAUCAGUCUAUUUUGACGGCGAUAAGAACACAUGUUGGCGAGAUCACAGCUAGGAGAUACAAUACCGACCAGGACAGGAGGAUAAUGAGACCAGUGUGCAAAAACAUGUAUGAAUUAGAGAAUUACAUGGAUCCAAUUGGGAGUUUUCCACGCCAAGACUUGAAGCAGUAG